AGCUAUAUCUAAGCCAUGUAGGCGGUUAGGUGGGGGCUAAUCCCAUAGGAUUAUCAAAUCGUUAAAUGUAUUGACCAGCAGCAACAUGUGCGACAUUUUGAUUCGCUUCAUAUGUGUUACUUGACGUGUUCAUGGUAGCUAGACGCGGACCUCUAGGAUAACCAGACACUCUAGUCUACACACCACUACAGGCAUCAACGUGACAACAUUCUACAGGCAUCUACGUGACAACAUUCUACAGGCAUCAACGUGACAACAUUCUACAGGCAUCAACGUGACAACAUUCUACAGGCAUCUACGUGACAACAUUCUACAGGCAUCAACGUGACAACAUUCUACAGGCAUCAACGUGACAACAUUCUACAGGCAUCAACGUGACAACAUUCUACAGGCAUCAACGUGACAACAUUCUACAGGCAUCAACGUGACAACAUUCUACAGGCAUCAACGUGACAAAAUUCUACAGGCAUCAACGUGACAACAUUCUACAGGCAUCUACGUGACAACAUUCUACAGGCAUCAACGUGACAACAUUCUACAGGCAUCAACGUGACAACAUUCUACAGGCAUCAACGUGACAACAUUGUACAGGCAUCAACGUGACAACAUUCUACAGGCAUCAACGUGACAACAUGAUCUACAGAUCAUCAAAGUGAAGUCCGCACGUGAGCAGGUAGCAUAUGUUGUCAGCAGAUCCAGUUUUGGUUGAAGGAUCUCGUCGCCUUCCUGACUUAAAGAUGGCGCGCAAAUGUUUGAAGAAGAUGCUGUACCUGGUUCUGCUGGGCACCUCGGCUGUGGCCGUGUAUGUCGUCUUCUUCACCCACAGCAACGCGCGCAUCACGAACGAAUGGAAGCAUCUGAUCGAGGCCAUGAAGGUGGAGGCAGCCGCUGACCAACAGGAUAGAAAUAUCGAUACCAAUGUGCUGCAUCGACCCGUCGAUGGAAACCGGAAGAAAUAUUUUGGUGCUGAAGACGGUGCUAGUGGGAGGCUACAGCAGAAACAUGGGAGAAGGCAAGAUGUUGAGGAACACACAAAACAUGGGAGAAGGCAAGAGGAACAGGUGGAGUUGACGUAUGGGGAUAAACUGAUUCAAGACAAUGGUGAUAGGGAGGUACACGGGCCUGAUGAUGGUGAUGAUGGUGGUGAUGGUGAUGGAAAUAUUCAUGUCGGACUUGAAAGCCCUGUGGUUAAUGCCGAGCUUAAUGGCGAAGAAGAAAUUAAUAAUGAGCUUAAUGACGAGGGUAGAAACAACAUCGAAGUUAAAGACAAUAAUGAAGACAAUGAUGAAAAAAAUGAUGAAGAAAAUUAUGAAGAGAAUGAUGAAGAGAAUGAAGUUAAUGUCAAAGAGCAUAAGACGGACGCUAGGCUGGGAACAAGCCAAACCCAGGGUAAUCCUAAGAUUGAAGCCCAAAAACUGCCGCUGGAAUAUCUCAUCACGAACCACCUGGGCGAGGUUGUAGGCGAGCAGCUGUUCGCUGAGGGCAUCAACCACCUGGGCAAGAAAGGUCGUCUCGCAGAAAGGAGAAGGGCGGAGCAGCUGAGGAGAGAGUCAUUGGCCGAGGCAGACGAACAUCUGCCCGAGGCAGACGAACAUCUGCCCGAGGGACCUGGAGAUGGAAAACUACCACCGGAAGUGGCCAUUGAGGGUAGACAAGGAGAACCUACUCGUCCCCUCCAGUUGAACAAAACGGUCAACGAUUUACAAGACGGUAAUCCCAAAGCUGCGGAUACCCGUACAGAUCUCGAGAAAGGCUUUGAAGCUUUUGGGGUAAAAAAGGGACAAGUCAACAACGUUAGAGGCAACGCAGCAGAAGAGCACAAGGAAUACAUACCGUACGCCGUACGCCAUGGGCUCGUCAAGGCCGGCAAAAAUAAGCAAGUGGCGGCCAACAAUGGGCAGCAAGUGGCGGCAAACAAUGGGCAGGGCUGGGCAAACCAAAAGCCACCAGUUAACGGCCUGAUGGAAAACAAUGGCCAAGUAGCGGAUGGCCAGCUGGCCAACGAGUUGCCGAAUGACAAGAAAUACAUCCCAUACGCCCAGAGGCAUGGGCUCGGGCCACAGAAACUGAUGCAGGGCGGGAACGGGAAUCAACAAAAUGUGCCGGACCAAAAUGUGCCGGAACAAAAUGUGCCGGAACAAAAUGUGCCGGAACAAAAUGUGCCGGAACAAAAUGUGCCGGAACAAAAUGUGCCGGAACAAAAUGUGCCGGAACAAUGGAUGCAGAAUGAAAAUGGCCAAAACCAAGCACUACAGCAAGGCCACUUUGGAAACUUGGAUCCUAUAGAAGCCCUCCCGCCCGCAGUGCUGGCCGCAGUGUUGAAACACAAGCAAAAAGAGUUGAUAGAACAUCUACAGAACAGGCGGAACCUACCACCACUGCAAAGGGUGCCUGUUCCCAUUCAACAGGGGAACAACCAGGGGAACAACCAGUGGAACAACCAGGCACAAGGAGGCAACCAGGUUGAGGAGGACAACCAGCAAAAGGUGGAGGAGCAACCAGGAGACAACGACCUACAUAUUGAGGACCUCUCUGAACCACUCCCAGUCACGAUGCACUGUGUCCAAUUCCGAUUCCCCACAGGCUUAGCUCCCCUCUGCCUUCAUCCCCCGGCCAAGGACUCCGGCGCCCCGGCCAAAAUGGCGACUGACGGCUCUUACGAGCGAGAAAUCAUGGAGCAGUUCUACCAGAUCAUGUCCCAGGACCCGUCCCUGGGGCUGGUGGAUGUCGGUUCUCACGUGGGAGUGUACGUCAUCGCCGCAGCACUCAUGCAGCGGAACGUUUUGGCAGUGGAGCCCAUGUUUCAAAAUUUUAGACUGCUGCACAAAAGUGCACAGGAAAAUAAAGUGACGGACCGUGUUGUCCUGGUGGCCCAGGCGCUGGACGACACCACGUACGUGGGUCAGCUGGCCUACCCUGAUGACGGCACCUACAGCCAGAUCAACAUCUCUCGCCUGACCCCCGGGCUCAAGCAUGACCCCGCUCACAUAGUUCACGUGACGACCCUGAACAAGUUGGUGCCAGCCUUCAGGUUCCAGAGGGCGCUGCUCAAGUUGGACGUCAGCGCUGGGAUGGAGGCCAGAAUACUGGCUGCAAGCGAAUCCUUCUUUGCCCAGCUGGACGUGCCGUACGUGCUGACGUCAUGGACGUGGGGGGCCAACCCCCAGGGGCACCAGCUGACCCACGCCCUGCUCUCCGGGCGCGGCUAUCGGCCCCGACUGGGCUGGAACGGAGCGGAAGUGAACGAGGAAUAUUUGAAGAAAGAUUUGCCGUUUUUGGUCUGGAAGAAAGCCUGAGACAAACGCUUUGUAACACAAACACAAGUCUUCUAAUCAUAGGGCUAAUAACAGCUCUUAAAGGAUGUAAAUAUAUUCAAGGGAAUCAUGGGAUAUAAUUAGAUGGCUCAAACUCUACAGGUGAACGGUCGGCGUGUAUCUGACAUGUGGGGAUACUGGGCCCACGGAGCGGGCCAUCGUGGCCAAAGAAAUGUUACUUAAAUUAAAAAAAAACAUUUCGCGAGUGUCUCGUUUGUUUGUUUAUUUUAUAAUUUUGAAAAAUGUUUAAUUAAAGACACAUUUAUCUUUAUAUA